GCCGAUUCAAUGUGCAACGGUACAUCACAUGUAAUGCACAAACACCAGUCUACAUGUUGUGAAUCCGUUUUGACUCUCCUCGUAGACAUUUCUCAGUAAAUAGAAAUAUAUGAUUUGUAUUGAAGUGUAAUAAAAAAUUGCCAUGGAGGGUGGUUCCCCUUUGUCCCCGCCGCCAGAUGUGACGGCUGCCUCUAGCGGCGGAGCCUCCAAGUUCCUCGCCAACCUUCCAUCUCGCGGGUUCUUCUCUUCCACCGUCAUUUCCUCCAACCCGGGUGGGAUGCGGGUUUACAUUUGCGAUCAUGAUACCUCUCCUCCAGAUAGCCAGCUUAUAAAGACAAACCAAACAAAUAUAUUGAUUAGGUCUCUUAUGAUUAAGAAUCAAAAGGGUGAUUCUAGUUCAAAAGAUGGGAAAGGCACUGCUUCUCUUCAAGGUUCUAGGAAAAGGGCUGCCGAGAAAGUUUUGGAUAAAGCUGCCGGAAAGAAAGCAGUAUCAAGCACUCAGCUUGGUGCCUCUCAAGGGGGAUCAACUCGUUUGCUUGACAAAGAUCUGCAGAGCUUUACAGUGGAAAGACUGCGUGUUUUUCUUAAGGAAAGAGGCCUUUCAGUGAAGGGGAAAAAGGCAAGACGAGUUGAUUGCCCGCUUGAGAGGCAUGAAUGGCUAAAACAGAGUUGUAAGGUUGAGAGGCUAAUGCACCCUCCACUUGGUAAUUAUAGUUGUGUGCUUUUGGUGUUUUGGAAAACCUUGUAACUCAGAUAUAUUAUGAGAUGGUUAUUUACUGUUGGGAGUUAUCUUAUUGUAUUAUGCUGUAUUAACUAUUACUACAUACUUCUUUCGAUUCAUGCAUCUUAUGUAGACAUGGCCACGGGCCGAACUGGCCCGCAGCCUGGACCGGAAACCGGCACUGAACCGGCCCGUAACCGGCCAUAUAAGGGGCCGCAGUUCGGUCCAGGUUCAAAAAAAAAAAUUUGGUCCCGGCGGUCCAGUCCAGGUCAGGUCGGGUCGGGUCACGGGCCGACCGCC